ACCUUCCAGAAAUCACUCUCCGGGCUUUUCUGUGUCCAUGGUUUUGGGCUCCUCCAAUCACCAGAAUUUUGCAAUGCAUUUGGGCCUCUCUGGUCUUUACCUUUUUUACAAACUCUGCGAAAUGCAUUUGGGCCUUAAAUCCACGCCCAAUUCAUCCGGUCGUCACCCACUCGUGCAUAGAUUUCCUCUGUAAAUCUAUUCCAGUUGCAGGGAGAUCGGGAUUUUGCCAACUCGUCGAAGCUCCGCGUGCACACCACCGCCAUCGCUGGUUGGUAGAUAUGGCUUUCCUCUCUCUGGUUCCGAUGCUCACUCGCCAGCGUGGGUCAUGGUGGCUCGUGGGGAUGGUCUUUUGCACGGCUGUCGGCAACCCAAGCUUCCAGAUAGCGGGAAAGGGAUGGCCGGGAUCUGUGCAAGGAAGAAAAGAAAACCGAGGGAAGGGAGAAGAUGGGUCGGUGAGGAAAAUGUUUUGGGCAUGCGAAGCUCCAUCGCCGGCGGACGGAGGCGAGGAGGUUGCUGGCUGCUGGUUGCUAGCAGAAGCAUGGGGGAUUCGGGAGAGAGGGAGAGGAGGGUGUUGAAGGUUUGACCAAAAAAAUGGAUGAAUGUUCGGGAGAGGACUUUUAAAUUCUUUUUUUCUUUUUUCUUUUUUUUUUUGUUUUGGGAAGAUUGGGUCUUUGGGUUUGAUUUUGGGUUGUGGGUUUUGGGUUUUGAAAUAUUGUGGAUUUUUGGAUUUUGGGUUUUGAGAAAUUUGGUGGGCCUUGGGUUUUGGUUUUUAACUUUGCAUUUCAACCCUCCAACUUUCCCUUUCUUCAAUUAAGUCUCUCAUUUUAA